ACUCGGGGUCCAGAGGGCCCCAGCGUGAUUGGCUACUCGCCGCAGCAACCCCAAACUCUGAAACAGAAGCCGCAGGGCAGAAUUCCGCGCGCGGCACUGCCCGUCGCUGCUGCACUUUCGUUAACCCCGCCGCUGACAGCACCAGGUUGUGGGGCCUGGGCAACCUCGCACUCUCUUUCCUCCUCGCGUCGCAAGGUUCUAUUUCAGCACUCGUGGUGCUGCACGACGCGUCGACCUUUCUUCGCAGCAUCAACAGCUGCGACGAGGGUUUGGCUACUCGUCUUCACGCCAAUUUGCACAUUGGUGGUAAAUCUGACGUCGACGCCCCCCCCCGAAGCCAUGGGGGUCGGGGAAUAUCUCCGUCGCGCGUUCCGUCGAAAGAAGUCGAGCAAGGAAAAGGAACCCGCGAGCGGUGCUCCUGUGGUCACGCCACCGCUAAUCAUCCACCACGGCAUCGAGUCAUCGUCGAGCGACGAAGCCGACGUGAAGACCAUCACCAAAAUCGAGAUGCAGCAGGCUAUCGACAACCAGGACACCUGCGUCCUGUUCGCCAAGCUCCCGCUCGAGAUCCGGCGCCAAAUCUACCGCGCCGUCUGGGAGAGCUACCUCAAGACCUACCACAUGUCGCCCUCCACCCCGGGCUCCAGCCUCCGCCUGCACAUCUACACGGACGGGUCGCGUCCUAACAGCCUAUCUCAUAGCCAGUGUGUCGUACCUGCCGGCCCGCGCGAUGACACCGACGUCACAGACCCCUGGCCGUUCGAUGCACACCCGGCCCCGGCCCUAAUGCCGCCCAAGUGGUUCUGGUUUGCCUGCGUCAUGCGCUUGCACUGGGGCAAGCAUGGGCCCUGCCAGCACGCCCACAUGCGGCGGUGGAAUCCCCUCUCAGGCAGCGUCACGCCCGCCGAGAAGAGCCCGUUCCUGCCGCUGUUUCUGACAUGCAAGAAAAUAUACUGGGAGGCCAUUGUCUCGUUUUUCGAGACUGUGACGCUCAUCUUCACGUCGUCAGAGGACGCCAUCCGCUUCUUUGUCCAGAAGCCCCACCCGUUUUUGGGCCAUCUCCGCUUUCUUGAGUUCGGCUUCGCCAACCCCAACGACCACCUCUUCCUGGGCCGUAUCCGGCGAAGCGGCGUGCCCGGCGAGAACCCGCCCGGCAACAUGCUGGUCGCGGCCGACGGCGGCGUCGUGUACGGCCAGAAGCUGUGGUCCGACAUUCUGCAGGGCGUGCAGGCGGCGACCCCCGAGCUCCGAGACCUGGACGUGACCAUGGCCGGGCGCAUCUCGCACACGCAGGUCCUCAAGCGGUUUGGCUACCAUCGGCGGACUACCUCCCAGGAUAAGACCAGGGCGGCAGACGAAGCCCGUUCGGUGUCGGGCUCAGACGACGAGGACGAGGCGGGGCCGUCUAACGACGUUCCUAUCUGGAAGCUGCGCGGCAAGCUGGCGGUGAAUUUCCAGGCCGAGCAGCGGCGCUAUGUGCAGCGAGGCGACAGGGUUGUACGCUUGCGGCGAAGCCUGACGCCGUCGUGAUCGACACUCCCUAGUUGUCGAUGGAUACCGGCUUGGAGGGGCUGGUAGGAUUUGCGGGCUCUUUGUAUGAAAUAGCAUAUGUACGAGCAGAUGGUUGGGCGUGGACGUUGGACGUGACUUUUGUAUUGUUAUUGUACUGGCUACUACCUAGGAGGUCCAUAGACUCCAUACGUGUUGUAUGGCACUCGAAGUCUCGACUACCUAUGCGAUUUUAAUGCCCAAGGACUGGACAUUCUAACAAGGUAAUCACCGGUUGAGAAGCAAGUUUCCUCUCAUUGUCAAGUAGACGGUAAUUACCUGUGUAACAAUUACCAGGAACAAAGCUGACGCAUCAUUGGACCC